CGGGAAGUUGACCUGCGAUUGAUUUUCUCGAGAGCCAACUCUGCCGCCCACGACUCCACCAAGUGCUCUCUAAUUCCUCCUCCACAGCGUCAGGCAGCAGACUUCCAUCAUGGCCGAGCAGUUGGUUCUCCGCGGCACCCUUGAGGGCCACACCGGCUGGGUCACCUCGCUGGCGACCUCGCUCGAAAACCCGAACAUGCUCCUGUCCGGAAGCCGAGACAAGACCCUCAUCAUCUGGAAUCUGACCCGCGACGAGACCUCAUACGGCUACCCCAAGCGAAGCCUUCACGGUCACUCGCACAUCGUCUCCGACUGCGUCAUCUCCUCUGACGGUGCCUACGCUCUGUCGUCCUCCUGGGACAAGACCCUCCGUCUCUGGGAACUGUCGACUGGAGCCACCACUAGGCGAUUCGUUGGCCACACCAACGAUGUCCUCUCCGUCUCCUUCUCCGCCGACAACCGUCAGAUCGUCUCCGGCUCCCGCGACCGAACCAUCAAGCUAUGGAACACCCUGGGAGACUGCAAGUUCACCAUCACCGACAAGGGCCACACCGAGUGGGUGUCGUGCGUGCGGUUCAGCCCGAACCCCCAAAACCCCGUCAUCGUCAGCGCUGGUUGGGAUAAGAUUGUGAAGGUCUGGGAACUCGCCUCGUGCCGCAUCCAAACCGACCACAUUGGCCACUCCGGCUACAUCAACACCGUCACCAUCUCGCCCGACGGUUCUCUCUGCGCUUCCGGUGGAAAGGACGGAACCACCAUGCUGUGGGACCUGAACGAGUCAAAGCACCUUUACUCGCUCACCGCCGGUGACGAAAUCCACGCCCUCGUCUUCUCUCCCAACCGCUACUGGCUGUGCGCGGCCACCUCCUCCAGCAUCAUCAUCUUCGAUCUCGAGAAGAAGAGCAAGGUCGACGAGCUGAAGCCCGAAUACAUGGAGGUUGGCAAGAAGAGCCGGGAGCCGGAGUGUGUGAGUUUGGCCUGGAGCGCUGAUGGCCAGACCCUGUUUGCUGGAUACACCGACAACCGUAUCCGCUGCUGGGGCGUGAUGGCGAGGGCAUAGGUUUGAUGGCUACUAGGUGGUUGGAGAACUUGGGGGCUUUGAAAUCUUCUGUUACGUGCCAUGAGGAGAAUGAAGGGGUGGGCGACUGCUCGAACGGCGAGCAGUCCUUGCCUAUGUUUGCCGGUACAGCACUACUAAGGCGGCGCUCAGAGCAAAUAAAAAACUCAUUCAAUCCAUCACUUAGUGCAAAAUUCCUGUGAUGUCUAGAGUUGCUGAUUUUCUAUUACUUGGGUAUAGGGUUGCGGUGAGAUCGAAGUUGCUCAUGCUCCGCCACUUGAUCAGAGAUGACCGGCGAUGU